AUGGCCACGGACAUAUUGCUGGAUGCACCCGUCGCCAAACUAAUCAGUACUCUGAGAGACCUCCUUGUCCACCGGCAGUCGCCUGCUUUGGCAUUAGAGGCGUUGUAUAUUCGACGGCAACUAGCGACAGUGUCGGCCGAUGCCUACGUCGAAGCCUUGCAAGAGCUGGCGCUGGAAGCCCUUCCCGAUGAAUCCCCCACCCGUCUUGGGGCCGAACUCCUCAAAAGAUGUACGCUAGGCGUUCGCAACACAGAAUUGUACUCGAAGGUUAUUCGUAUACAGUGCACUUCGUCGAAGAAGAGGCUGGAGAUGGCCCGCGGGUACGAAGCUGCAAAUGUGACUCAAAGCAAUUCGCUUCCGCCCAAGAUCUUUUCGCUGUCGGAUCCAACUCCGUCGACCUCUUGA